CGCAUUUGAAUAAACAAACAUGGGGCGUAAAUGUGAAGUUUAUUUCUGUCCGCACAGCGAGACCAAAAAUGAAGGUAGAUCGUUUUACCGGUUCCCUCGUGGGAAAGAUAGAUGGGUAGUAAGCUGUAACUCUAUUGAACUCGAGAAAACUUAUGUGGAGGGAGGUCCAGAAGCCAUAAAUAAGUUGAAGUUGAAGUUGAAAGUAGAAGAGCAUCUUGAAAAUAAGUAUUUCCUAAAUUGUGAGCUACCAUCGAAAGGGUUGCGUAACGAUGCUGUACCACCCGCACUAAAACUUGAUCCACCCGAUAACUGGAAUUCUACCAGCAAUAAUGACGGUCGUGACACCGGACUGAAUCCCAUUGACAAUAAAGAUGACAUCGAGUAUCAAAAUGCAGAGUAUUUAGAAAAAUCGUACUCUACAGAUGAGCAUUAUGAAGAUAUCGAAUAUCUUCAAGGCCCUUCAGAAAAUGCAGCAUACGAAAUGUCUAUGCCAAGUGAAUGGCCAGAUUUCUCAAAUAAAAUUAUGUGUCCUAAGGCAGCUUGUCUCGGAUCGAUACUGAUGCCGGCCGGCCUCGGCUCGAUUCUGCUGCCGCUGCCGGUAUCUGCUCGGGAUUGCUACGUUGUCGGGUCUGUGGGGUGGAUUGCUUCUGGAACUUCUUCUGUUGCUGUACUGGCUAUGCUUCGGCUGAUGUUGGCAUCGACGCUGCCGGACCGAAAAAGUGGAUAG